AUGGACUUGUCUUCGAACGACGCCUCUGCCGAGGAGUGGAAGACCAAGGGCAAUGACCUGUACAAGAAGGCCGACUACCGGGGCGCCAUUGAGAUGUACUCGAAGGCCAUCGAGCUCGCGCCGACGACGGCGGCCUUCUACGGAAACCGGGCGGCGGCGUAUCUCAUGAUUGCCAAGCACCACGAAGCGAUUGCCGACUCGUCGCGGGCGAUUGCCAUGGAGCCAACUUUCAUUCGCGGCUACCAGCGCAAGGCCAAGGCGCAAGUCGCGCUUGGCGACAUUGAGGCCGCCAUCAAGACGUACCAGGCGGGCUCGAUGAAGGACCCGACGGACGCGACGCUCUUCAACGAUCGCCGCGCGGCCGAAAUCGCCGCCGACAAGAUCUCGCGUGGCCGCGACUACGUCAAGGCGGAGCGCUUCCGCGAAGCCGUGUCGUGCUUUGACAGUGCGCUCCUCACGUGCACGCACGCGAACGACUUGAAGAAGUGGCCCUUUGCUGCCCUCACGCAGCUCAUGCGGUCCGACUCGGCGUCGCCAGAUGUGCUCUACCUUCGCGCCAAGUGCUUGUACUUCCAGGGCGAAUUUACGAGCGCCAUCAAGCACUUGCAGCAGGCGCUGCGCUCGGACCCGGACAACGGUCGCUUCAUGAAGGAAAUCAAGCGCAUCCGUCAACUCGACUCGCAGAAGGAAGCCGCCAACGACGCUUUCAAGGGUGGUCGCUUCCAGGAAGCCGCGGACGCCUACUCGCAGUGCCUCCUCAUCGACCCCGCCAACAAGGCGUACAAUGCCAAGCUGCACUGCAACCGCGCCGCGGCCUUGUCGAAGCUCAGCCAAAAUGAAGAGGCGAUCAAGGAUUGCGACAAGGCGAUCUACUAUGACAGCUCGUACGUCAAGGCGUACAUCCGCAAGGCCCAGUGCUUGCGCGACAUUGGCGGCAAGGACAACCUCGAACAGGCGCUCCGCGAGUAUGAAUCGGCUUCCAAGCUCGUUGGCGAAGACACGCAGCGCCAGUAUGCGGGCUACAUCCGCGAGACGAAGCUCGAGCUCAAGAAGGCCAAGCGGAAAGACUUUUACAAGAUUCUGGAGGUCUCGCCGUCGGCUUCGGACGCGGAGAUCAAGAAGGCGUACCGCAAGUCGGCGCUCAAGUACCACCCGGAUCGUCACUCGAACAAAACGGAAGAGGAACAGAAGGCGGCCGAAACCUCGUUCAAGGACGUCGGCGAGGCCUACGCCGUGCUCUCGGACCCGCAGAAGAAGCAGCGCUACGACUCUGGCGUCGACCUUGACGACCUCGAUGGCGACGGCAUGGGUGGCAUGGGCGGCAUGGGUGGCAUGAACCCCAACGACAUCUUCCAAAUGUUCUUCUCUGGCCAAGGCGGCGGCAUGGGCGGCGGCGGCUUUGGCGGCAUGGGCGGCGGCGGCUUCGGUGGUAUGGGCGGCGGCGGUGGCUACGGUGGCCGUGGUCACGGCGGCUUCGGCGGCCAAGGUCAAAGCUUCCACUUUGGCUAG